AUUUUAUUUCUCUGCCUGUCGCGUAUGCUGCUGCCAGUUGUUCAUUCCAUUUGGCCCUUUCAAACAAAUCGGAAGUCCGUCCAGUAAACCGUAAAAAAAAACACCAAUUUUUUUAUAAAAAUUAAAGGGCUGAAUUACAUACAAAAGUGUCAGUGAGCAUGGACGGCUUCUACGGUAACCACAGUUGCGGCUCCAACAACGGCGGCUACUACUCGCAGAGUCCGCGAAGCGGCAACUGCGGAUCAUGUGGCAACUGCCCCGGUGGCCAAUGCCCCCGAAUGGAGGCGGGUGGUAGUGGCUGCGGCACUCGAGGCCCCAGCCAGCCGGGUUGUCCUGGCGGCAACUGUUGUCCCGGCGGACGAUGUUCGCUCGGAAAGUCGCGCUCCAAUCGAGACUGGCAGUAUGGUGGACGCUAGCACCAAAGAGUUGGCGCUUCCCAGCCCUGCAAACUGAACGCCUACGACUGGACUUCCACGCUCAUCUUACCCGAAUAGCUGCACAGGAACCAGAUUAGGUGAACAUCAUAUUACAUCGUAAUCGAGAGGAAGUCGACUCGGA